UCCAAGGUUGUAUUCGCACUUGUAAACGCUGCAGGGAAACACAUCUAUCGGUGCUACUAAUAAGCUUGUUUUGAUUCAGCCUCAUUAGGCUACACCAUUCUACAUAAUUAUUGUCUUAAUCUGUUGCAGACAUUAAUCUAAGAAGAGAAUCAACCAUGGAUGAAAUGGAUGAAGAAUUGAAAUGUCCUGUCUGCGGAUCUUUUUUCCGGGAGCCGAUCAUACUGCCGUGUUCCCAUAACAUUUGCUUGGCUUGUGCUCGGAAUAUCUUAGUGCAGACCCCCGAUGCCGAAUCUCCUCAGAGCAGUCGUGCCUCCGGCUCCGGGGUCUCUGACUAUGAUUAUCUUGACCUGGAUAAAAUGAGUCUGUAUAGCGAAGCGGACAGUGGAUACGGCUCGUAUGGGGGGUUCGUUAGUGCUCCGACUACCCCUUGCCAGAAAUCCCCAAACGGGGUCCGUGUUUUCCCCCCCGCGGUCCCACAACCCCCUCCGCAACACCACUUGCUCCAACACCCCGGCUCCCUUCCUCCUAUCCCCCGCAAUUCCUGCAUCACCUGCCCGCAGUGCCAUCGUAGCCUAAUUCUGGAUGACCGGGGGCUCCGCGGUUUCCCCAAGAACCGGGUGCUGGAAGGGGUGGUCGAUCGGUACCAGCAGAGUAAAGCAGCGGCGCUGAAGUGUCAACUGUGUGAGAAGAGUCCCAAAGAGGCCACCGUGAUGUGUGAGCAGUGCGACGUGUUCUACUGCGAUCCAUGUCGCUUAAGGUGCCAUCCCCCCCGUGGCCCUCUUGCCAAACACCGCCUGGUACCACCAGCGCAGGGCCGGAUAAGCCGUCGGACGAGUCCCCGAAAGAUUUCCACUUGUACAGAACACGAACUCGAAAAUCUAAGCAUGUACUGUGUCCAGUGUAAGAUGCCAGUUUGUUACCAGUGUUUGGAGGAAGGAAAGCACGGAACACAUGAAGUGAAGGCUCUAGGAGCUAUGUGGAAACUGCACAAGGGCCAGCUCUCCCAGGCUCUCAACAUCCUGUCGGACCGGGCCACAGAGGCCAAGGAGUUCCUGGUGCAGCUGAGGAACAUGGUGCAGCACAUCCAGCCAGCCGAUGCUCCCGGGCGACCCUUAGUGACGUCAGGGUGGGGAACAUUGAAGGAGAACGGGGUGGAGUUCGAGGCGUGUCUGGUGGCGCAGUGUGACGCCCUCAUCGACGCGCUGAACCGCCGCAAGGCCCAGCUGCUCUCCCGGGUCAACAACGAGCACGAGCACAAGCUGAAGGUGGUGAGGGACCAGAUCUCCCACUGCACGGUGAAGCUCCGCCAGACCACGGGUCUGAUGGAGUACUGUCUGGAGGUCAUCAAGGAGAACGACCCCAGCGGCUUCCUGCAGAUCUCAGACGCUCUGAUUCGCAGGGUGCACAUGACGGUAAGGCCAGUGGGGCAAGGGCACGCUGACCCCAGGAUGACCAGUGACUUUGACCUCACCCUGGACAGCAGCCCCCUUCUUCAGACCAUCCACCAGCUGGACUUUGUCCAGAUGAAAGUCCCAGCUGCUCCUAUGCUCCAGCUGGAGGAAUGCUGCACUCAGAACAACAGCGCCACGUUGUCAUGGAAACAGCCACCUCUCUCCACCAUCGCCGUGGACGGAUACAUCCUCGAGCUGGACGACGGCAAUGGAGGCCAGUUCAGGGAAGUGUACGUGGGGACGGAGACCAUGUGUACUGUGGAUGGGCUGCACUUCAACAGCACCUACAAGUCCAGGGUGAAGGCCUACAACGACAGCGGCGUGGGCCAGUACAGCAAAACCCUGGUCAUGCAGACCUCCGAGACUGGACUUCCUCCAUGUGAUAUUCCGACUCUAGCUACAGUUGCCUGGUUCACCUUCGACCCCGCCUCCGCCCACCCCGACAUCAUCUUCUCCAACGACAACCUGACGGUGACGUGCAACAGCUACGACGACAGGGUUGUCAUGGGCAACUGCAGCUUCUCCCGGGGAGUCCACUACUGGGAGAUGACGGUGGAUCGCUACGACAACCACCCCGACCCUGCCUUCGGUGUUGCGCGCGGCGACGUGCUGAAGGAUGUGAUGCUGGGGAAGGAUGACAAGGCCUGGGCCAUGUACGUGGAUAACAACCGCUCCUGGUUCAUGCACAAUAACUCCCACACCAACAGGACGGACGGGGGCAUCGGUAAGGGCUCCACAGUGGGGGUGCUACUGGACUUCACCAGGGGCAUCCUCAUCUUCCUCAUCAACGAUGAGCAGCAGGGGCCUGUGGCCUUCGAGGCCCUGGAGGGACAGUACUUCCCCGCCAUCAGCCUCAACCGCAACGUCCAGGUGACCCUGCACACUGGACUUCCCAUCCCUGACUUCUACACCCCUGGAGAAGCAGAUCCUACUGGCUCAGUGUGUUAGGCAGCAGGACAGCUCUCCCCUGUACAGUCUCGCCCAGAAAACCACCGCGUUCAUCUCCCCUCUCUUGCCCUGCUCUCUGCUCCCCACGCCGGACGUCAAGGCCCCAACAGACUCCUGUUCCACCAUGCUUGUGUAACCCCACCACGUUUGGACUUCCACACAAGUGGAACUCUGGUUGUGUUUGUCAUCUCUACAUGUCACAUUAUACAGCUGGUUGGAAACAGUCAACCAAUACAACCUUUGUGGUCAUCAAGACUUCUUCUCUACUAGCUUUGCUGAGGAUAUUAUGGGAUGUCAGCCAUGCUUCUGUAUAGCUCAGUGGUAGAGCAUUGGACUGCAGAUGUAGAGGUCCUGGGUGCAAAUCCGCCCCUGUUCAUUAUGUUGCAUAAAAGCGAACAACGACACAUUACAUUACAUUCCUCUCUGGAUACCAUUGGAAAAAGGGAAAUGUGGAGGAAAUGUCCUAAGUGUUGCCACCAGGGGGCAGUAAUGUGUGUGUGGUUUGACUAAAAGGUGUCAUCUGAGGGCACAAAGGGUACCUGGGAUGUCACGUCAACUGUUACAUUUCCCACAUAAAUACCCUUUAAAACACACACAUAUACACGUACCCAUCAACAAAUAAUUGUUGUCACAUAAACCUUAAGCGUAAGCCAAGUGACAGUGCACUGCUGACUGAGCGGGGGCAGCACUGGGAACACAACAUGGCUCUGUGUGACUGCUAAUGAGGAGUGGUGGACAGCUGCCAUGAACCCUGACAGGAAGCCCUGGACGCUCAGCUGUGUUGCUCUGUAUUUCCCUCAAUGUAAAACGAGAUGCAGUCAGUGGCUUAGCUUGUGUGAAUCUUAUCUCUAGUUUGUAUAACUACAGUCUACUUCAAUACCCAGCUGGAAGCAAGCCUUUAUUCAGCCUGUUCUCCUGUCCUGCAGCUCUUAGAGAAUGCCUUCCUUCUGCUACAACUAUUACACAGCUAAUGCUGCUCAAACUGCUACUCAUGAAUGUGAACUGAAGGAGAUACAUGACAAUGAAGGAGUUUGUGACAGUGAUGAUGAUGAAGAUGAUGAUGGUUGGUGUCACACUGGCUAUUUAAAUAAGGUGCUACUGCAACUUGCUCAAUAACAUCUCUCAUACUAUAGGUGACUGAGUGUUGGUAGUUUUGUAUUACUGUCCAUGUCCUCUAAUGUAAGGAGAUGUAUGAAGAAAUACAAUUUAUUAUUGACGUACCAAUCAUCUUUGUUGUGACUUUUACACGAUAGGUCAUUGUUGUUUUUCAUCCAAUGAAUGGAUCAUGCCAACAGGGGAAGGAGGUGACAUUACUUACAACCUUAACAGUUGUUGUAAGUAAUGCAAACACCCUCGAGAUGUUCUUGGUGUGUGAUCUGAAACUGUACGGUUGUAACUUUAAAGUGAAGGUUUCUGACCCAUAGACAUCCUCAAGAAGAACUCAGACCUAUUGUAUCGUCAAGGUGCUAUCCUGUGGGUGUGCCUUUCAUCUGCAACCUGGAAACAUUACAGUCAUCACACGAUCAAUACAAGAUCUGUGAUGCUGGACUUAAAGCCUAUUGCAAUAUAUAUUUUCAUAAAAGCUAAGUACACUGUGUGUUUGAUGAUAGAAUUCCCUGGUUGUGAAUUGGCGUAUUGGCUUAAGCACAGUAUUUUGAAAGAACACAACGAUCAGGUUUUCACUCAGUGGGCAUCGUCUUCGGGUGCCGCAUCUCAGACAUCCUAAUUGGUUGUUGUUUUGCGUGGUUGUGUUUGUGUCCAUUUUUCUGGCCGAUCAUGGUGAAUGGAGACUCUGUGCCCAGAAUACCACCAGACCCUUAGAGGUCGCUGGGAAAAUACUGAGAGUUCAUUCAGCCAGACCAAAUGAAACCCAUCACGGAUAUUACAGUUUCAUUUUACAUAACUAAUCCCAAAAUUUGUUUUAGCCAUUUUUCUAGAACUUUUUUGGGGUAAUUGUAUAAAGGUCUAUCAUAUUUGAAACCACUUAAUACUUUUACAUUUGAUCUUCUUAAACUUUUAUGGUUAUGGUUGCAGUAUAGCAACCAUGGUUAUAGUCAAGUGACUGAAUCGCAUUCCUCAUACAUGGUUUUACAAUAAAGUUUUAUUCAAGGCAACGUGCAACACUGACAAGGUAUACUGUACAGUACAUGUGUUUGGAGGGCUACUCGGCUGUGUUGUAUCUCCAAAGUGAAUAUUUUUGCCCUGCUUUACAGAUAGGUUGAAUGUUCUAAAUAUAAUUUAUUAUAUAAUUAUAUGUGUUUCACAUAUAUUCAUGUGGAUUGAGAUUAUAAGUAUUGUUAUAAUUACCCACAUAUACUUAUGAUUAUUGUUAUUAUCAUUAUUACGAAAAUAGUUGUUAUUGCUCUCAUUCAACUUGACUUAUUGAGCUCUUUGUGUUUUCUGUAUUUGUGAAUAUUCAAUAAAUUCUAGAUG